CAACACUACUAUAUAACAAAUAAUUUGAGGUAUGGCUGGCUCCAUCACAACUAUUCUACUCCUACAAAUAACCUUAUCUACAGUUUCUGCCACCCCUCUAUAUAUUGAAACAGACGAAGACUUGAUCAUCGGGACUGACACAGCUCCCCUCCAAAUUCCAGAAACAGCAUAUAUUAACCCUUUUAGGAGACGAUCAAUAGUCUUUUCCGAAUCUGAAAACCAGGUUGUGUAUGAGGAGGCGUUACAGAACAAUGAUUCUGACGAAUAUAUUGAAGAAGAUGACGAUGGCUGGGAGUCAGAGGAUGACAUGUCUCUGCAGAAAAUAGAGGAGAUGCACAAGAACCGCUCUAAUACAACUAUAAGUGACUAUAGAGACGACGGUAUAAGACGGUGUCAUGAGUAUAUUAAUAAGUCUAAUAAUGCUUAUUCUAUUGAAGGAUUAUUAACAGAUGAAGAACAAACUGCAGGGGUGUAUCUCUGUAAGUUUGGGUAUCUAGAAGAUGGUGGGGACUUGGUGGACGCCAUCAAGGAGUUUCAGAGAUUCGUAAAAUUCAAGCCUACAGGGGUAUUAGACGAUAAGACGUUAGCGCUAAUGAAGCUACCGAGGUGUGGGGACAGCGACAAGAGGACGCCACUGGAGGAAAGGAGGAAGAAACGGUGGGCAAACUCCAAAAGGAAGUGGGACGAUCCAGAGUUGAGGUAUUACAUUGCAAAGUACACAAACGACAUGCCCAGAAAGUUACAAAGGAGCGAGAUCCAGAGAGCGGUUCAGCUGUGGUCAGAAGUUGCUCCAGUAGACUUUAAAAUUACUAAGAAGUAUAAUCCAACAGUAGACAUAGUUCUGUCGUUUCAGUAUUAUUACCAUAGAGACGACUUCUCCUUCGACGGCACCGGAGGUGAGUUAGCACACGCGUUUCUCCCCGAGGCAGGAGUAAUCCACUUUGAUGAUUCCGAGUACUGGACCUCAGCUAAAGAAUAUGGCAUCAAUCUUUAUACGGUAGCCGCUCACGAGGUAGGUCACUCGCUUGGUUUGGAGCACACCAGUAAACGCGGAGCUCUCAUGUCGCCCUUUUACGAUAACUUUGCGGCGGAGAAGAGGAUAAACCCUGACGAUGUCGUCAGUAUUCAGAACUUAUACGGUUGGAGGGGAGCACACGUGCAAGCAAACUGUCCCUCUAUUAUUAGGUGGGACACGGCCUUUACCGACCAAACUACCGGGAUAAGCUUUGCUUUCUACAGGGACCAAGUGUGGAAGUUUGACGAGGACGGUCUCCAACCUGGCUACCCCAAGUUAGCCAUAAUGCACUUCCAGGGUCUCCCUACUAUAGAGAUAGAGGCUAGUCUCGCGUUCAAGAAUGGAUACAGCUUUCUCUUCGCAAGAGACAGAUACUGGAAGUACAAUGCUACAACUGGCAGAAUGGCCCGUGGAUACCCUAAAUCUCUGGCCGGCUGGGGUUUCCCUAAAGCGACCAAGAUCAAUGACGUCAUAAGGUGGCCCCGUAACAACUACGUGUACUUCUUCACUUACAACAAAUACUACAGGUAUAACUCUGCUAUAGGUACGAUGGACCCUGGGUACCCUCAACCGCUGUACUUAUGGCAGGGAGUACCUACCAACUUUGACGGUGCCAUGACCAGCAUGGAUGGCGGAUACACAUUCUUCUUCAUCUACCACUACUACUUCCCCUUCAACAACCGCAAAGCGAAAGUAGAGACAGAUCAAGUUCAGGAGAUCAAAUACUCUUUCUUCUUGUGCGAGGAAGAAGUCGCUGAUGACGAGAAUAGAGCGAGGUUCCUGAGAAAUACCACUUCUGAUCUCGACGACAAAGUGAAUGAUGAAAAUUGGAACCGAUUCAAAGAUCUAGAAAUAGAUCUUAUCGGUGUCAGCCGUGGUUACUCCACUCUUCAGGAGGCCCUUUCCUGGAACUUACUCCUGACCAUCAGUUUAUACUUGUGUCUCCUUCGAUAGCUUCUACUUUAGGAUUAGAGUUUCUUUCUCGCUUUGUUGCCAUAGCGUGCGCUUGAGGCUGGAUUAGAUUUCUGAAGAGAAUUUCACCCCCGAACUGAAAUUUAGUCCCGUUAAUUUAUUGAAAAUAGCAAGAUGAGCGUAGAAAGUGUUGGACAUUCUAUUGUGUGUGUGUGUGUGUGUGUGUGUGUGUGUGUGUGUGUGUGUUCUGACUCUGAUAGGAUCACAGAGUUCAUCAGUCUUGUCCAAGAUUGUGUUUCUUAAUUUUAUGAUUUGUCUUUAUUUGUCCUAUGUCGUGGGUGAAUUUGUCCUUUGGGCUAGAUUUCUUGAAACUUUGAGAUAUUUUGAAAGAAGAAGAAAAUACAAGAAACUUAGGGUGCAAUCAUGCUCUGUAAGUUUACACCUUAGAUAGAACAGUUCAACAAUUAAUAGUUGAAACUCGAUAAAUUAUAAUAAUGUAAUUUAUGUUUACUUGAAUAUUUGAAGAACCGGCUGUGGUUUAAAUUAUUUGACUUUUCAUUUUUCAUAUACCCGUUGAUAUGGAUUCGAAUAUAUUAUUUUCAAAACCCCUGUUGGUCGACCCUUUUUUCAUGUAUCUUAUCAGUUUGCCUUUCGACAAUGUUGAUAUUUGCCGAUUGAGUAUAUAUAUAAUACACCAUGCCACAUAUCCAAAUCCGGAAGGAUUUCCUAGCAAACUAAAACAUUUUCGUACAUCAAGAAGUAAAAAACAUUUUUCAUAACAAGGGGUGCCUAUUUGUUUCAUGGUAACAGUCAAUCGAGAGAUUUUCUAGUCGAAACUUUUUGUUUAUGUUAUCGAGAUUGAAAUCAGAGCGUAGUCUACUUUACAGAUUUACUAAUGAUUGAUCGUUGAAAAUCGCAAAUCAGCCGAAAUAAAGAUUGAACCAUAUGAAAAUAAUAAUCGUGACCGAGAGUGCACGCAGGAAUAAUAAGAAUAUGUAUUAAAUUAUUAUUUUUAGCUCUGAAAAGUUUAUUUUUAUUUCAUGUAAAAGUUAUCAAAACCCGAUUUUAACUAAAAUUAAUUUACGACAUUGUAAAUAUUGUAAACUUUUUGUAACUGUGUGUUUGUUUGUUACUUUUUCUUUAUUUCUGCUCGAAGCACAACACUGUUUUUCAUCAUCCACAAAAGUUCGUCCACAAAAGAAUAGCAGAAAUAUUGAAUAUCUUGCGAGACUCUUAUGUCUUACUUUGUGAAAUUUUGUAAAAUCUCGUAAAAUGAGGCAGAAAUAUCGAGAGCGUGUAUUCUAUGUUUCGUAAAAGUCUUAAUUCGAAUUUCAAUUGAAAUACAAGUUUGUCUGU